AUGGCGCAACCACAGAGACCUCAGGUCCAGCCGUGUCGCUACAAGACUGGCAAGACGCUCGGCGCGGGCUCAUACUCGGUCGUCAAGGAGUGCGUGCAUAUCGAUACCGGUCGUUACUAUGCGGCUAAGGUGAUCAACAAGCGCCUGAUGGCGGGGCGAGAACACAUGGUCCGGAAUGAGAUCGCCGUGUUGAAGAAGGUGUCUAUGGGCCACCAGAAUAUCCUUACGUUGGUGGACUAUUUUGAGACUAUGAAUAAUUUAUAUUUGGUUACCGACCUUGCCCUUGGCGGAGAGCUGUUUGAUCGCAUCUGUCGUAAGGGCAGCUACUACGAGUCCGAUGCCGCAGACCUCAUCCGCGCCGUUCUCUCAGCCGUGGCCUAUCUCCAUGACCACGGAAUCGUCCACCGCGACCUGAAGCCCGAGAACUUGCUGUUCCGCACGCCAGAGGACAAUGCGGACCUUUUGAUCGCCGACUUUGGUUUGUCCAGGAUUAUGGACGAGGAGCAGUUCCACGUGUUGACCACUACAUGCGGUACCCCGGGAUACAUGGCCCCUGAGAUCUUCAAGAAGAGCGGCCACGGCAAGCCAGUCGAUAUCUGGGCCAUCGGCGUAAUCACCUACUUCCUCCUAUGUGGCUACACCCCUUUCGACCGGGACUCCAACCUAGAAGAAAUGCAAGCCAUCCUCGCCGCGGACUACUCCUUCACACCCCUCGAAUACUGGCGCGGCGUCUCCCAAGAAGCUCGAAACUUCAUCAACCGCUGCCUAACCAUCGACCCGUCAAAGCGCAUGACCGCCCACGAAGCCCUGCAACACACCUGGGUCAACCCGCCCUACGACCUGGCCAAGCUCGGUUCCGGCGAGGACCUGCUUCCAACCGUCAAGAAGAACUUCAAUGCCCGGCGCACCCUGCAUCGCGCUAUCGAUACCGUGCGCGCGAUUAACAAGUUGCGUGAGGGUGGCGGGUUUAUGAUGGAUGGGGUGAUGAGUAUUGACCCGAAGCCGGAGCGUGUGAAUGGGCAUGAGGUUGUUGAGGAGAGUCGUCAUGGUACGCCUACUGCAGGUCAUGGGGAUGGUAGUCCCAUGCAGAUUGAUAGUCGGGGAAAUGCGCGAGGGCAGACUGAGGAGCAGAUUCGGGAGCAGGAGCGGAGAGUGAAGGAUAUGGUCGCUGGAUUGUGGAGCCGUGGGCAUGGAAAAUGA